AUGGCGGGGGAAUCGUCUGACACGCAAGCUUCCACGUCUCAGCCCGAUCCUAAACGCAGGAAGUUGACUCCCGAGAGAGCCAGGGCGACCUAUUUAUCCGGACAACUACGUCUCCGUCUACAGUAUGCGAAGUUGAAAGUUGAGCAUGGCUGGCAAAGGCAGACCCUUAAUGAGGUGGAGAAUCUGUAUUUUCACCAUACCCAAAAGCAUCGACCGCCUCCCAUACAUUCAGGACGGCGCAAUGCGCGAGUCUCUUUCCACCCUUUCAGCAGUGCCAGCCCAAAUGGAUCAUCGUCUCUGUUUCCCGUCAGCAUCCAGAAGAUAGAGUAUCCUGCUCCGGGAACGGUUGAUUGGCAUGGCGCCAAUUCCAAUUCUGGCAAUCCGCAAGCAGGAUCGUCUGUAGGCCCUGCACGAGACGUAGUGCACAAUGAAGACGCUGCCGUAGCAUCUUCUUCCCGAGGGUCAACAUCCACAAACGGAGGCUCGAGCGUACAACCGUUAUCAAGCACAGGCUCGACUCUAUCCAAUCCCAAGGACCCCUCCUCAAGAGGCUCAGUGUCUCCGAAACACCCAAGCGACAUCCACGCACCUACCUCUUCCUCUGCCUCGGGCGAACUGCUCCCCGCAUACUCGUCCUCACAGUCGUUCAUGCCGAGUCCAAGCCCGUCCCCCUUCUCAUCCCCAAACAAUACCUCGCGUCCUGCGCCAUCGCCCUUCCAGUACACGCCGCUGACAUCCAUUGGCCAAGUGUCUGCAGCGCUCGGGGCGCCGACGACCUCGGGCCUCACGUACGACUCGUUCUGGUCCUCGCACUCCGCCUUCCGCGCGUCCCUUCCGAGCCCGCUGGGUGCGUGCUCGACGUCCGCACCCGGAGCUGCACCGUCUGCUGUGGAGGUUACGGGUGCGGCGGCACCGAGCGUAUCGUUCCGAUGA